CAUAAUACAUACAUUCAAAUUACUGCUAAGAAGAUAAACCAACAUUGAAGAUGGCACCAUCUGCAGAUACCUCGUUUGCUGGUCACGUCGCCAACCAGUUCACUUCUUACGAGAAAGACCGUAAGUCGACGUCCAAGGACACGUUAUAUGCUACAAGCAAUGGCGUUCCCAUGCCCCAUCCUUACGAGACUCAGAGAGUAGGAGAAAACGGGCCUCUCCUUCUACAGGACUUCCAUCUGAUCGAUCUCCUUUCUCACUUUGACCGAGAACGCAUACCCGAACGAGUGGUACAUGCUAAGGGUAGCGGCGCUCAUGGUUUUUUCGAAUGUACAAAUCCUAUUCCGGAGCUGUGUUCUGCCGACAUUUUCUCAACUAAGGGAAAGAAAUGUCCCAUCACUGCGCGGUUCUCUACCGUUGGAGGCGAGGCCGGCUCCCACGAUUGCGCUCGAGACCCUCGAGGCUUCGCCGUGAAGUUCCGGACCGAGGACGGUAACUGGGAUCUCGUUGCCAACAACACGCCAGUGUUCUUCUUGAGAGACCCAGCUAAGUUUCCUUACUUCAUUCACACACAGAAGCGUGACCCGUCAACUCACCUUACGCACGCCGACGACUCCACCAUGUUUUGGGAUUACCUUUGCAAUAAUCCCGAGAGCAUCCACCAAGUGAUGAUACUGAUGGGCGACCGAGGUAUUCCGGAUGGCUACCGCUUCAUGCAUGGCUACGCGGGUCACACGCUCAAGUUCGUCAACAAGCAGGGCGACUGGAUUUACACCCAGAUCCAUUUCAAGUCCCAGCAGGGUACCAGGUUCAUCACUCAAGAGGAUUCCGCGAACAAAUCCCCCGAUUACUCCCAGAAAGAUUUGUACGAAGCGAUCCAGCGCGGAGACUACCCGAAGUGGAACGUCGAGAUCCAGACUAUGACGCCGAAACAGGCCGAGGAGGUGUGGGAGAAGCAGAAGAUCAACAUCUUUGACCUGACCCACGUUUGGCCGCAGGGACAAUUCCCGCGUAAGAAGAUCGGCGAGUUCACAUUGAAUGAGAAUGCCGUCAAUUAUUUCGCGGAGAUAGAGCAGGUCGCUUUCAAUCCGGCGCACAUGCCUCCUGGCAUCGAGCCGUCCGCCGACCCCGUCUUGCAGUCUCGCCUGUUUUCGUAUCCCGACACGCACCGUCACCGAAUCGGCGUCAACUAUCAGCAGCUGCCCGUCAAUGCCCCGCGAACGGGUUUCAUGUUCGGCAAUUUCCAGCGGGACGGUUCGAUGGCUUUCUACAACCAGGGAGCGAGACCCAACUACCUGAGUUCCAUCGACCCGAUCCAAUUCCGCGACCGCUCCGUUGACCUCGACAAAACUCACGGUCACUUCACCGGGGAAGCUAUCACGUUCCUAUCGGAGAUCCGACCGGAAGAUUUCAACGCACCUAGGGCCUUGUACCGGAAAGUAUGGGACGAACCUGCCCGCGAGAGAUUCAUCGGCAACGUUGCCGGGAAGAUGGCGGUUUGCAAGGAACCGGAGUUCAUCAAGCGGCAGAUCGCUAUAUUCCGGGAAGUUGACGAGGAGAUCGCUACGCGCCUCGAGAAGGCCACGGGUAUUAAGGGGUACGAUGGUAUCGCGAACAUGAGAUUUAACGGGACUCACAAUGGGAUGACGAAGGAUGCUAAAUUGAGAUACGCAAAUGGGGUAAGCGUGACGAAGGGGAAAAGUGUCACGAAGAAUAACGGUGCGCCGGCCGCUGGAUCCCAUAAGGGAGUGGGACCAGUAGACAGUGCAAACGGCGUGACCGGUGCUACUAAUGGGUCUCGUUGAUAAACACAAAAUUUGGUUAGGAAAUUUAUCUCAUAAAGUACUUAUUGCUUAUGUGGAUGAUACCUAUUUAGGCAGAUAUAUUU